ACGCUUUUCAUUCCGUCCUGAGCCAGAUCCUUAUUGUCAAGCCAAGUACACUUUCUGUCCAACUGGCUCACCUAUCCCAGUUAUGAAGAGUGAUGACAUCAUUGAAGUCUUUCGAUUACAAACCCCAGUCUGGGAAUUUAAAUAUGGAGACCUCCUGGGCCAUUUUAAAAUUAUGCAUGAUGCCAUUGGAUUCCGGAGCACAAUAACUGGCAAGAAUUACACGAUGGAGUGGUAUGAACUUUUCCAGCUUGGCAAUUGCACAUUUCCCCAUCUCCGACCUGAAAUGAAUGCCCCUUUCUGGUGUAAUCAAGGAGCUGCCUGCUUUUUUGAAGGAAUUGACGAUACUCACUGGAAAGAAAACGGGACAAUAGCUCUGGUAGCAACAAUCUCAGGAGUCACAUUUAACAGAAUGGCAAAGUGGGUAAAACAAGACAAUGAAACAGGGAUUUAUUAUGAGACAUGGACUGUCCAAGCCAGCCCAGAAAAAGGGGCAGAGACAUGGUUUGAAUCCUAUGAUUGUUCUAAAUUUGUAUUAAGGACAUAUAAGAAGUUGGCUGAACUUGGAACAGAGUUCAAGAAGAUAGAAACCAACUAUACAAGAAUAUUUCUUUACAGUGGAGAACCUACUUAUUUGGGAAAUGAAACAUCUGUUUUUGGACCAACAGGAAACAAGACUCUUGCUCUAGCCAUAAGAAAUUUUUAUUAUCCUUUCAAACCAUAUUUGUCAACUAAAGAAUUUCUGUUGAGUCUCUUGGAAAUUUUUGAUUCAGUGAUUAUGCAUAGACAGUUCUAUUUGUUUUAUAAUUUUGAAUAUUGGUUUUUACCUAUGAAAUUCCCUUUUAUUAAAAUAACAUAUGAAGAAAUUCCUUUACCUCAAAGAAACAAAAUAUACCCUGGUUUGUGAAACUAAUUCUGCUGAUUUCUUCUUCAAAUACCAGCAUCUCUGUUUUUUCAGGAGAUAAUUGUACAUUUGUGGAUUUCUUAGCCUUUCUCACCUAGGGAGAAAGUGAAAUGAAAUUGGCAGAAUUGCUGCGUAUCAUCAACUCCAGACAUAUCUCUUGGAAAGAAGCUAUGACUCUUACUAUAUUGUCUAAAGUGAGCGCAUUAGGUGAUCUUGAUUCUAAUUUCCAAGAAUAUAGAGAAUUAUUAAGAUUGUCACAUAAAUAGGAUCUUUGAACCUGGACUCACAGGAAAGGAAGUGAGGAAGUGCUUCCCAGGCAAGGUGGCCAUAUCACAGUCCUUUUCCCUCCACUGUCAGGAUUUAGGGC